GUAAGCGUGUUCUGGUGCCGAGACCUACUAUUCCGACGUGGUACGCCAUUCCCAACUUUAAAGCAUAAGGCCAGAAGGUUCAGUAACACUUAAUCAGACUGAGGAUUCUAUUUAUACAAACUUUUGCUUGUAAGCUCCGUAUACGCGGAAACUUACGCUAUAUUUGGCACCACAAAUUACCGUGGAUUUAUCGAGUAAUUGUUUCUAUGGAAGAUAAAACACGAGAGCAAUGUCUGCGAAUAUAAAUAUAAUGGAAGGCAAGCAGGCGUGGAUCGGAAUGGAGGAGGUCAAGUCAGCUGAUUGUCUUUACACCCGUUUUACCAUCAAAACUUCUACUCCGCCGCUAUACCCAAUGCCAAUACCGCGUGCAGAUAAGCCAAGUCUUCACAUGUUCGCAAGGAAGGAAUACUUGCGGGAAAAUCGGCGCCAGAUCGUGUGUUAAAGGGAAAAAGAGAGCUCUUGGCCUUGAGUGAGGGAGGAAGAACAUAAACAAAGAUCAGGUGGGGGAACAGCUGAGACCUUCCUUGACGUUUCCCUAUCAAUGCUUCGAACCCACUCGUGGCCCAUGAGUAUUUAUUGCAAAGACUGUAAUGAUCCACAAAGAGCUUAGUGAUUCAUGUUUUAUAAAAGGUCAGUUUGAACUCCAUCCUGAACCCCAGUGCUAAGUGAGACUUGAUGGAAGUCCGGUGUUGGAAGUGACACGGGAUGCCUUAGGGAGUGAGGCAGGAACCUGUUGUGUAGAGAGAAUGGACAUGCUACACGAGGGUUUCUUCUAGGAAGGAGACCCAGUGCUGAAACCUCUUUAGGGUAUAUAGUGAUACCUUUCUCCAUGCUAAUUUAAGUCACAACAUGAGGACAUCAGGGAAAUUAAGUGAACUCUCAGGUUGCUCCAUUAAAUACUUGGAGCGAAGAGCCUAUCACUCGGCAAGGUCUGACUGGGGUCCUAAUGUGGCCUCAGCAGCUUUUCUUUCGAGACGAUUAGACUCAUCGAGAAACUUAUAUCGCAAAGACUUAUAUGCUCAUUAUGGCUGUGUUAAUGCAAUUGAAUUUUCGAAAGAAGGAGACUUACUUGUCUCAGGUGGCGAUGAUCGGCGAGUAUUAUUAUGGAAUGUGGACAGCGCUCUAUCAGGAGCCCGUCGCCCAAGAGCCAUGGAGAGUGAACACAGUAGUAACAUAUUUUGUCUUAGCUUUGAUUCUUCCAAUUCCAAGAUUUUCUCAGCAGGCAAUGAUGAACAGGUCAUUGUGCAUGAUCUGAGAACAGGGGAAACAACAGAUGUAUUUCUGCACCGAGAGGCUGUGUAUGGAGUCUCUGUUAAUCCCUCCCUAGAUUCUGUGUUUGCCAGUGCUGGGGAAGAUGGCCAAGUUUUGCUGUAUGACAUGAGGGAAUCAGCUGCUACAGAUCCUGUAUGCUUGGCUCGCUACCAUGAUGCCUUCCAUGCUGUACAGUUCCAUCCAGUAGAACCUGUGUUUGUAGUUACUGCAAACUCUCGUGAAGGAGUCUCCCUAUGGGAUGUGCGCAAACCAAGGGUACCUGUUUUGAGAUAUGGAGAAAAAAGAUGUGCCCAGUCGUCAAUGUGUGCCAGAUUUAAUAGAACGGGUAACCAGAUAAUAGCUCUACGUAGAAGGCUACCUCCAGUUCUUUACAAUACUCACAGCUCAAAACCAGUUUGUCAGUUUGAUGCAGAACAUUAUUACAAUUCAUGCACAAUGAAAAGUUGCUGUUUUGCUGGUGAUAACGACCAGUUUGUCCUCUCGGGAUCAGAUGACUUCAACUUGUACAUGUGGAAGAUCCCAGGGAAUAAUAGUUCAGAACAUUUUGUAUCAGAGGCUCACAUGGUCUUAAAAGGUCAUCGUUCGAUAGUAAACCAAGUACGCUUUAACCCACAGAACUUCAUCAUUGCUUCCUCAGGGGUAGAGAAAAUUGUAAAGCUGUGGAGUGGACUAUCAUUGCCAGGAUCCAAAGGAAGUCUGAAAACGAAGGCAUCAGGAAGCUUCAUGACCAGAAGGGUGUAUACCCAUGAGGAAUACAUUGGGCUGGUUAUGGAGAGUGGUCAAGAUGUUAAUCAUGACUACAGCCAUGGGUGCACAGAUGAGGACCCCCGGAUGAUGGCUUUCUUUGAUUCCCUUGUCCAACGUGAAGUAGAAGGUUGGACUUCAAACACCGAUCUUUCUGAUGACAUUGAUAAUGAACCUCAGACUUCAGGGCAUGAUGAUGAUGACACAGAAACAACAACAACUCAGUCAUCCCUUUCAGUUGUUACCUCACAAUCUGAUGACAAUGAUUCAGAAACAAGUAUGAAUGGAAAUGACAGUUUCAAUGUUUCACCAAGACAAAGAUUAGAUUCGUCCGUAAACAGAAGACAAACACAAAAUGAACAGCAUAAAGACGAGGAUGAUGAUGAUGACAAUGACAAUGAGGAAGAGGAAGAAGAGGAAGAUAAUAAG